AUGAGCCCAGUUGUGGUUCGUCAAUCAGCGGCUCGACGAUGUGCAGAAGGAGGUUCGCCGGACAAGAGGGGAGUUUGGGGAGGACAUACGCAGGGGAUCCCUGUUUACGCCCGUGAUACAGGACCAUACAGUCCCUCGAACUUCCGACUCCCCUCCCUGGAUGCUUACGACGGCUCCUCCGACCCGUCUGACCAUGUAGCCGCUUUUCGUGCCCAGAUGGUGCUAUACGGGACCUUUGACGCUCUGAUGUGCAGAGUGUUUCCCACCACUAUGAAGGGCCCGGCCCGCACAUGGUACAACGGCUUGGAAACCAGGGCGAUCGCUUCAUUCGACCAACUCGUCAAGGACUUCGAGCUCCAAUUCGUGGCCUAUUCGCGGCUGAAGCCUUCGGUGGCGCUCCUCCUCAGACUCAACCAAAGGGAGGACGAACCCCUCUCCCUUUAUAUGAAUCAUUUCGCAAAAAGAAUCCGGGAAUUAUCGGACGCUCACCCUUCUCUGUUAAUGCAGGCGUUUAUGAUAGGCUUGCGCCCCUCCAGGUUUUUUUGGUCCCUCGUAGAGCGGCCCCCCGUUACGGUGCCCGAGAUGCUCCAACGCGCGAACCAGUUCGUUGCGGCCGAAGCCUGGAUGGCUGGGAAGCGAGAAGAGCACAAGAGGGAAAGCCCGGAGUCGGCUCGGGGACAACAGCCUCCCGCAACAAGGCGCAAGCUGAACCGGCCUGAUCCACCUGCACUAAGGCCUCCCAUACCCUCUUCGGGUGCGACCCGAAUGGAGAUAUUUUUCCAAAUAAAGGAAAAAGGGCUGCUCAAGGCUCCCGUCCCGAUGAAGAGCCCGCGGGAGUUAGCCGACCAGUCCAAGUAUUGUCGCUUCCACCGACAAAACGGACACGAUACUGAAGAAUGCCGCGAGCUGAAGUGGCAAAUCCAGGAGCUCACCCGCAGAUGA